GAAUUUCAACCGUGUGUCCUUCCAUACGAGACGACGGACGAACGGACAAACGGGCGCUGGUCAUGUGAACACGGUAUCCUGUUUGCAAAGGAUCUCGUCGGGAGACUCUCGAGCUCGCAUCACUCGACGCUGCGAGUUUCCAGCGCGACGUCUUCUCACCGCGCGUUAUAUCGCUCGCGCACUUGUUGCUAUUAAAAAUCAUUUCUCCCCGGAAUUUCCCCGCGGAGAUGAAAAUCUCACGAAGCCUCUCUCAGACGCGCGCGCGAUAGACUGCACGGUGCAGCGCACAGCGUUGAGGAGCCAGCCCAGAGACUGGCACUCUCCAGCUAACUGCACUCGCGCGCAUGUUUUCAUAAUGCGUCGACAUCGCGGCUCCUGUUACAGUCGAUGCAUCCGUCGGGAGAUGCACGUCUCGCGUCCUCUUCUGCCGCGCUACCGACGUAUCUCCAAGUGCAGCUCCCUCGCCGAUGCGGACGUUCGUCGCGCGUUCCCGCGCGAGUCGACGCGCGCGUCGCGUGUGUAAUCUAAACGCAAAAGAGCUCGCCCGCUGCUUCACGGCUCCUUCACGAGUUCCGUCUCGUAGCGCGCGUGCCGCCGCUGUCCUGGGACGAGCUGUGCUCUGUCUACAGACGGGUGUGUGUGCACUUCACGGUGCGCUCUCCUCGUUCGUCGACGACGAGCUGGCUCGCCCACUUCCACGAGUCCCGCGCACUGCCUCGUCCAAGUGCCGUCGGAGCGGCUCGACGUUGUAGACUGCUCCGUUUUCUAAAGCGGCAAUGACACUGGCCUCCCGUCAGUCUCGAGUUUCACCGCACUGCGAGGACCCGACGGGCGUUUUGGUCCUUCGAAUCGGUGCUUCGAGAAUGUCUGCUCGCUGAUAGACGCGUCUCCUGCGCUGCCGAACGUCGUUCGUCCGUCGGAAAUUUUUUGCGACAUUUCCACUCGUUGCUCAAAGCAGGGAAGGAGUGUUUUGAGGGAAAGCGCGCGGUGUUCAAUAUACGUGGAUAAUCCGAGAUUUCUUAGCGACGUGAAAAUACUAUUGCACACCCGUCCGUCGAGUGCAGCCUUUGAAGCAUUCAGACUUGGUUUACCUUGAGCUUUUGAGACGUGUUUAACUCGUUCCACGCUGUAAAUAUCUCAUGUUUGGCUCCUUUUCCUCCUCCUCCCCCGGUCGGUGAAUCCGGCGAAAUCGGUUCCGACGCGUCGCAAAACGAGCGCCCGUCUUUGCGACACGCAAUUUCCGAUUAAAAGUUUCACCCGCGGCGAUACGACGCCUGCGAGCGACUCGUUCUGCAAAGCGGCAUUGCGCGGACGUGUAAGCUGCUCGUUCCCACUUCAUCAUCUCCACCUUUCGUUCGUAGUUACUUGAUCUCUCCCUGGGACCCCGAGCUUAUCAUUAACGCACGGCGUCCUGCCGACGACGUAACGUCACGAUCGUUAUCCUCUCGCCCGGACGUCAUUCCGGUGAAAUGGGUGCACGCGACACUCCGGCGAGCUGCGAACGGUGAAAUGUAGUUAGAAAACGUGUGUUUUCACCCUCACGUUUCCCGGACCCAACGACGCGGACGCGAGAAUAUCGCGAUCCUCUCGAUGAACAUCUCGUAGAAAAGGAGAACCACGGGGUCGUGCGCGUGUGUGUAACGAAUCGUCGGGUCAGAUAUGCAACUGAAUGACGUGAAUCGCAGUGGGACGAACUGAGAGAGAAAGAGAGAAAAAGAGAGUGCGAUGAACAGCCCCGCGCUCGGUUCAUAAUCGUGCCAGGAAGACACAAGCAGGAGUGCUCGAGGAGGAGGAGGGGAGGAGGAGGAGGAGGAGGACAAAUCGACGGGCGAGCGACGGGCCGUCGAGAGCAAAAUGAGGGCCCCGUUGCUCCUCUUGGGCGGCAUUGUUGUACUGUCGCUCGCGGUCGCGAGGGCUCUCUCGUGUGUGUGCUCGCCGCUGGAGUGCGACGUUCUCACCAAUGAGGACUGCCCCGGAGGCCUCAUCUGGGACCCGUGCAGAUGCUGCAAGGUGUGCGCGCGCGUGGAGGGCGAGCCUUGCGGCGGCCUCUUCGGCUUCUCGGGGAGCUGCGCCGUCGGCCUGCAAUGCGUAAUCAUGAAUCUGCUGUCCCGCACCCGGGAAAUGGACGAGGGCGUCUGCACGAAGAUCCCGGGCAGAUGGAGGAGGCACUGCCCGCACGGGCCGAUAAUGUCGGGUCCCGGUUGCAACCUGGUCGGCGAGGGAGCCGGGGCCGGAAAUGCGGCUGCCGCCGGCAAAUGCGUUUGCGGUCCGUCGGUGCCGUGGUGCCCGGGUGAGCCGCGGCCCUACAUGUACAUGACGCGGCACGAGUGCAAGCUCAAUUUGGAGGCGAAAAUUGCUUACGAUGACCUCUAUAAUUCCGGAGACACGCCGAGCGCGCCUGCCAUCGAGGGCACGUCGCUCAGCGAGUCGCGGAGCGAUCGGGAGCAGGUGGGCGAGGGAAAAGAAUCGAGACGGAACGGUUGGAAGGACGAGAGGACCGCGGAGAGCGCGCGGAUCGCCAGCUGGACAGGAGCCGCGCACGGCGCCGAGUGCCCGCAGGACAGUGUGCCGAACGAGAGCGGCGGUUGCAAAUGCGCGGACUGUCCAGUCCACAAGUGCCGACCGGGUCAGCUGGCGGUGGUGGCGAAGGGAGCAUUUUCCGGCACCCCCGGCGAUUGCUGCCCGCGCUUCAACUGCGUGCCCUCAGAUCAUCACCGAGUCGAGUUGAGCUGCCCAGAGGAUAGUGUUCUGACGGAUGACGGUACCUGCAAAUGCGUGCCGACGUGUCCGCCGCCCAAAUGUCGACCUGAUCAACGGCCGGUCGAGGUGCGGGCGGCCAAGCCUGAGACACCCGGUAGCUGCUGUCCCCUUCACGACUGCAGAGCCCUAGAUCCGAUCUUCUGGGCGAAACCCGAGGAGAAGCCGCAGAACUGUCUGCACGAGGGCGUCCCGAGAAAACUCGGCGAGGAAUGGAAGCAGAGCGACUGCAUCACUUGCACCUGCAACGAGGACGGCGCGGCGUCCUGCCACACCACCAUGUGCAAGUCCUGUGAGAACGCGAUACCGCCUGAUCCUGGCGAGUGCUGUCCCCAUUGCCCGUCGCCGACCAACACGACGGUCUUCGGCCGCUACGACGAGUCCUGCAAGACGUCCUUAGACGACUGCAAGAUGAAAUGUUACCACGGCUUCCGCACGGACAGAAAUAACUGCCCGAUCUGCGAGUGCGCCGACGAUCUGGAGGUCGAGUCGGAUGCGCUGCCCGAGGAUUAUAAAGUUUGCCCAGAGUUGCCACAUUGUGAACUCAAUUGCGACCUCGUCAAGGACGAAGACGGCUGCUCAGUGUGCGCGUGUCAAACGGCGCCGCGUUAUCCGACGAACGAUACCGCUCUGACGAACAACGACAAGCGGAUCUGUCCCGAGGUCAAGUGCGACCUCCACUGCGAACGAGGCCUCGUCAUGGAUGAGAACGACUGCACCUUCUGCGAGUGCAAGCCGCCAACCGCCGGUUGCCCGCCGCUCGUCGAAUGCAGGAAGCGCUGUAGCUUCGGCUACAAGACCAACAAGCGCGGCUGUCCUAUUUGCCGCUGUCGCGCCUCGUGCAUGGACCAUUUGAACGGGACCCAUGCAGAGGGAUCAACCUGGCAUCCGAACAGCUGCACCACGUGCACUUGUGAGACCGGCGGCAGGCUCAAUUGCAAGGAGACCAUCUGCUCGGUCGCCUGUAGUAAUCCAUUGCCGCCGAAACCAGGCACUUGUUGCCCCGUAUGCCCGAUCACGACCAUGAAGGAGAACGAGACGAUCCCAACCAGCCGAGGCUGGGGCACCGUGCCAAUCACCCUGAUCGUCGUGCUCGCGAUGCUGUGCCUGUUGCUGAUCGUCCACAUCGUGCGCAGUCGAUUCCGCGGCCGUCUGUCGCCUUCGGAAGCGGCGUACGCAUCGUACCCGCCGCAGUAUUACAAGUGUGUGCCCGUGUACGACACUCCAGUGCAUCGGAACGAGAAGAUCGUACCUCUGUAAAAGACUGUGUUGGGGACCCCACAGAGAGAGAGAGAGAGAGAAAGAGAGAGAGAGAGAGAGAGAGAGAGAGAGAGAGAGAGAGAGAGAGAGAGAGAGAGAGAGAGAGAGAACAGGCGAUUAUCGCGACGAUAUUCGCCGAUCAUCAACAGACAAGCGGCGAAUGAGCGUUAGCCAGACUAUUUUAUACGCGAUCGUCGAACAGCUGGCGAUCGGAAACUUUCACGCGACGUAUCACGCGCGACUACGACGUUAACUCUUGAACGGCGAAUCUUUUCGCAAUUUGUUCCGCUCAGGAGCGGGAUGUCGAUCGUACGAGGAAUCGCAGAAGAAUCCAAACUGAGAAGUGCUCGCGCGAACGAGCGAUAAAAAUUAACAAAAAUCACAAAAACGAUAUUAAAUGCCCGGUGUUUGUAUACGAAUGUACCAAAUUAUUCGCAUCCACGUGGCGAACGGUGAGCAGACGUUUAAGAGUUAAUAACAGCAGGAUGAUUGAUUUACAGUUCGCCCGGCGAACUUCGCGAACGUUGUCGGCGGGUCCCGACACGCGCGCGCGUAAAAACGCCGUCAACGUACUCGCUAGUUCAAGGACAAAGCGAACGUCGCAUCACGACACGCGUCAUGUGAGAGAGAGGGAACCUCUCUCUCUCUCUCUCUCCCUCUCUCUCUCUUUCUUUCUCUCCCUCUUUCAUUCUCUCUCUCUCUCUCUCCCUCUCUCUCUCUCUCUCUCUAGGCACGGCUGAAAAUACUUCGCGUAAAUUCAGUAUUAAUCCGUAAGAGCGGCAGAGAGUGAGAGUGAGUGCUUUCCAACAAUGUAUACAGGCGACACUGUAUAACACAUUAUGUUUUCCAAUUGCAACACAAGUGUCGACAUAGCUAAGAUGCUGCGUCGUCGUAUUGUGUUACUCCAUUGAUAUCAACAUUUUUACAUUUGGUAUCAUUUAUUUUUCUAUGGAGCGGUAUUCCGAUAGGAGAUAUAAUUUAUAUUCGAAACAGUAUUACAGAAAAUAUAUUUUAUUAUUUUUUCGUAACAACUUAAUUUAUAUAUAAUAUGAUCAGUUUUUUAUUAGUUUUUUAUAUAUCUGAUAAAUAAAUUAAUUAAUAAGAAAUUUUUCUUAAAAAAUAUUAACUUUUACAGCGAAAAUAUCUUCCGGCAAUUUUAUUUAUUAUUGCAAAUUGAUAUAUGUAUACUAUAUUCACCGUGCAUACACACCAGAAAAAUAAUAACAAGCUGUAUAAAGUGACUGUCUGCACUCUGGCGAUAAAAUAAAAAAGAUAAAAUAAAAUAGCAUUCCAGCUAAACAAGUCGACACUGUAUAACACAAUCUCACACAGUGUAUGACUGUGUUCCGUUGCUGGAAAGCACCCAGUGUUGCGAACUUCGGUGUCAACAGAGAAUGAGAGAGAGAGAGAGAGAGAGAGAGAAAAAAAAAGUGAAAGAAAGAGAAACGAGAGAAAACCGCCAAUUCGCACCAAAUUCACAGCGCAUUUUGCCGAGACUUCCUUCCUCCUCUCCUCUCGCCCCCGUCUCUCGUAUACCUUAACUUAAUCGUGUAACCUGUAAAUUAUAUAAUUAAACAUAGCGUAAUAUCUUACAGUUAAUAUAAUAUAGGUAAAUGUUAUUAAUGUUAACCAACCCCAUCGUAGGUCUCUAAAUUAAAUGGAAGAUUAAAAUAACGGAGACAAUAGUCUCAACCGUAGUAUUAGCACCCUUGAUCUCUGGACCAUCAUCAUAUUAUCUCGCGUUGUGAUUAAUGAGCGUUUAUACACGAGGUGAAGAACAUUCUGUUUUCUUUAUCCUGGUUUUUAUUCUCUUUCGUUUCCUUUUUUUUGCCGAAGUUUAUGCGAUUUGACGCGUAAUCGACGAUCGUGUCCUCUCCUUGAAAGAACGUGAGAGAUACUUUUUAUUCAUUAUUUAUAUAUUCCCCUCUAUUCCAACGAUGUUAUUACGUUAGAUUCGUUCACCGCGGCACGUCGUUUCACGUAUCUGCCGAUGGCAUAAUGCCUCGGUGCGUUCCUCUCUCGCUUUUGCCUUCUCAUCGGUAUUAAUGAGGCGCAGAGCUUACAUUCUCCGGCAUUCAACGACGGAUUUGUCCGAAUUCUAAACCGACCUGCCGCGAUAUGAUACGUGAGAGAACGAGUUUGUAGACUUAGUCACUUAGGCUUAGCCGUUUAACAGCUGUGUUAUUAGACUGUUCCUAUGUUCUAUAUCUUUUAUUAUUAACGCAAGAACCCUCUCUAUCUCUCUCGUACUCUCGCACUCUCGUGGAGCACUCUUGUGUGUAAUAUUUAUAUGUCUGAGGAAUUUUUUGGUUUGCGCUGUGUAAUCGCGAAACGGGAAUGCCAACGGCUGUCGUUUCGUCGUCUGUCGGUGACGCGGAGCCCGGUCGCGGCUCGCGCCGCGAAGGAAGAAAGAGACACACACAGAGGACAGACACGUAUGUACAUAUACACCGUAAAAGUUUAGAUUAAGGCGAUCGAGACGACGUGAAAAAUAAUAAAGAAGAAAAACGAAAAAAAGCCUCCUCUUCGAAACUCCGUCGCGCGGCACGAUCGACUUUGAAGAUUUGCGCGCUCGGCGAUGCGCGAGCGGAAAUAACGGUGCGCGCGGAUCACAAGCGGAUGAUAAGCAGGCGUUUUGCGUAUAUCCAUACGUAUGUAUACCCAUACCCACACGUUCCAUAACUUCUCGGCUGCUUGUACAUACGCGCCCGGAAGUUCGCUCUCUCCGGCGGCUUGGUGAAAUUCUCGGGUGGUGGACCCGAAUUAUUUUCGGACGUACUCUGAACUAACAUCGCGCACGCUUGAAUAGACGCACCUUGCUCGCACAUAUAUAUUUCAUAUACCGCGGUAACGAGCGGUGUGUGCGCUCAGCUACGAUAUGUUGGCCGAGAUAAGAUAAUGUGACAGCGCGCGGGACGAAGACGCGCGAGGACGGCAAGGAGGUCGUGCGGAAUCAAAAAUCGAAGGGGUUGGACGGAAAAUAUGGACGAAGGAAGAGAGAGAUCGUAUACGAUCGAAUGGGAGCAACGUAGUGUCGCUGAGAUCCGCGCGAACGACCGUCUUCGAGCACGGAAUGACGACGCCACCGCCACGAAACGAACCAUACAUAUCCAUGUGCUUGUACACACAUACGCACGUAGCUCGGCUCUUCUUCUCUCCUUUCCUCUUGCCUUCCCCCCUCCCUUUUCCUGUGUCCCCCUCAGUCGUAAUUGAAACACAUACAUAUAUUUUUUCAAUGUGACACUCUUGUCUUUACAUAUCUCUCGUGUGUAAUUGUGGUAGCCUAUAUUAAACUUACUUAUACGUUACACUACACGUGUGGUCGCACGUGCGUAAGUGCAUACCGUAUUGUUAUUGUCUAAUGAACCGCAGGCUGUAUUUCGCACGUGUGCAUGUACUUCGGAGACAAUAUAUAUGUAGUGUAUCGAGACAGAUCCGGGUAGCGUUUGCGUGUGUAUGUGUAUGUACACACACACAAUACACAUACACACACACACAUUUACCUGUAAGGAUUAUUCUUUUCGUUGUAUCGUAACGCAGGAUGUUCGUAACAAUAAUAACGUCGGCAGGUAACAAUAACGGUUUUAAUGAUAAAGAUAGUAAUAAUAAUAAUUUAGCAUGCAUACACAGUCGGUUCUCGGCGACGAGCACGAACUACCACACAGUGAACGGUGCAUACAACAAUAAAAAUUUGUGAUAAACGGGAUUUCGGACGUUUCGUCUGCGCCUCGCGGAAUUGCGAAUUUCCGCGAUCUCUCUGUGUCUCUCUCUCGAGAAAAUUUUGUAACGCGUCGACGUCCGCCUGCCCUAUCCCCCUCUUCCUUCCCAGGAUCUGCGAUUUACCUCCGACUUCGAUCCGGCGCCGACCCGUCGGAGGAGCGCCCAAUGACGCCAUUUAAUCAAUCGCGGCGACGAAAAGGAGCGGAUUAAACGCUUUUUCUUUUUUGUUGACCUCAUGUGCAAAAAAGCGAGGCGAAUCCGCGCUCGUUCGCGGCGAAGCAUUAAGAGGCAACGCAAACGCCACAUUUGACGUGGCUAUCAAUUCGACCGGCGCAAAAUUUGCCGUUUAAAUUCCAAGCGAAAUUACACUAUCAUAUGUAAUUUGUACAACGCUGGUGAAAGGAAAAAGAGAAAUUGAGAUAUGUUGUAUUUAUAGGAAAUCUGUAACUUAAGACAUCACACGGAGUGUACGAUGGGAACAUAUUUUAUAUCCCGCGCUAGAUGCCCGAUUAUCCGCCUCGAGAUGACAGAGCCUAAUCUAUAAGGUGUCCCGAGAAAGUCGUACGAAGUGGCCCAUGCAAGUGUAACUAUUUAUUCAGUGAUCAGUGUGCUGUCACAGUCGGCGUCAUAUAUGCCAUUCCACUGCCUGGAUCGAGAGUUACACGACUUACGCAUCAACGCAUAAAGUCGAAGCAAUUAGAGCCACUGCAAUCUUAUUGUUAUAAUUGGAGUUACUCAUACGAUUUUCAACCUCAUGUGUAUAUAUGUAAAUCGUGUAACUAUCUUCCUAGGGAAUGAUGUGGUAUAUAUGACGUUGAUUGUACAUUUGUUCAUAAAUCUGAAGUCAACCUUUCCCUAACAAAAAUUCAGAGCAACAUUUUACUUCCCUUUUAAUAUUGAAUACUCUCAAAAUUUCGAACUGUUAAAUCUUUCUACCAUUAAAUACUACUGUGUACUUCGAUGCAUAUGAGAAUGAGGUUCUUGACUUUUUUGUUGAGAACAGCGAAUAAUUAAAGGAAAAUGAAAUCCGCGCUACACUCGUAUACACUUUCUCGUGAUUUAUACAGGAGGACACAUUAUCGAAAUAUUAUAGAGAAUAGAGGAAGAGACUUACAGUUUUAUGAAUCGAGCGUUACGACCGGUUUUUGAGUGCAGUUACGAACAAAUCGAGUAGUGUUGUACUUGUGCGCUCUUUGUACAAAUUCCCUGUAACGUGAUCAUAUCAGUGUAACUUAGAUUUAACUUAACAUAUACGUACAUUAUACAGCUAUACAUACUGGACGCGCAAUGUUGAAAAAUAGCUCUUGUAUGUUAAAUAAACCGAGAUUAAAUAAAAUUGUUGAUAUGUGAUGUUGUAA